AUGCUGUUUGUUGUUGAGUUAGACAAUAGAUUGGAAAAAUCCUCAGAUAAAAGAAUAAGUGUUGAUAGAUUUAGAAAAGUUUUUGAAGUUUUUGUUGAAGAUCAACUUGAAGAAUUAAGAAAGGGACUAUCUGAAAAGUAUGAUAAGGAUUGUCGAGAUUUCAAUUAUUUUUUGGAUGAUGUAAAGGAUGUAUUUAUAAAUAACGAUUUGGUAAAAGUCCCUAUAGAAGUUCGUAGAAUUAUUUGGGAAAAAAAUGUUGACAAAAACUUACCAACACUUAUGAAAAGGACUACUAGUUCUAAAUGUAUUAGAAAAGAACAUAAUUAUAAGAAAGAAUAUAGAGACAUGACUCAAAGGUUAGAAGAUUUUUGUGAAGAAAAAACACGCAUGAUAGAAUUUAUAGAUAAAUCAGAUUACGACGAAAGUUUAUAUAUGAAUUUUAAUAGAUGGAUAAAUAAAAAAAAAGAAGACAUUUUAAAGGAAUAUGAAAAAUUAAGUAAUAAAGAUGAAAAUAAAAAAUUAUUAAAAGUUAGUGAAACCUGUGAUCUUAAUAAUGCGGAUAAAUUAUUUUCUAAUAUAUCAAAUGAGGAUAUGAAAAAAAUUAAGGAAGGUGAUAAAAAAAAACGUCUUGAAAUUAAAGUAAGACCACCAUUAAAUGAAUCGAUUGAUCCUAGAGGUAAAGAGAGUACUGUAGAUAGAAGUAGUAAAAGCGUUAUUUUAAAUAAGAUGGAAAAUUCACCUACUGGAGAAAUUGCGAGUGAACGUAAUCCUGUAAGUGAAAUUAGCGUUGGAACUACUAUAGCUCAUGGUGAAUCUGGACACAAAACGGUUGAUGUUGAAGAUGGAAAUGUUCUAGGAUCUGGUGGAAAAGUAUCUGAUCAAGGUUCUCAGAUAGAUCCUCCUAAGGAUCCUUCUAAUAAAAAAAUAACUCGUGCUCAACGUAAGAAUGUGCCACAUUUUGUUGAAAGAAGAGGCUAUGGAAAUAAUCAUGUUAGGGGUAAUUCACUUGAAAAAAAUAGUAAUAGUGAUGAUAAAUAUAAAAGUCCUUCUUCUAAUUAUAUUGAAGUUGAUUGUAAUGGCCAUAAAUAUUUUUUAUUAGAAGAUGAAGUUAAUCAAUCAGAAAGUAUUUGUAAAACAAUAUAUAACUAUAAUGAAAAUGAUUCUGUUAUUUAUUCGACAAAUCAGGUUCCUAAUGGGGAAGAAGAAAAUAAGGAUAAUAUAAAUGAACAAAUUUCUGGUAAUCCAGAAAAUUCUGUAGGAAUAGAUGAGGUUUCAGCUGAACAUGAAGAAGAAGUAGCUGUUGAUUGUGAUCCGAACGAUGGAAACUGCGUUGAUGCAAGAUAUAUAGAUUCUGAAGCAUUACUAGGUUUAUUAGCGGGAAAACGUUCUGGUUUAGAUGGAAGAUCUGAUAUAGAAAACUUAAUUUAUAAUAACGCUGGUGAUAGUACUAUUAUGUCUCCUAUGGAUUAUUUGGAAUUCGAUAUUUUAACACCUGAAGUAGAAGUUUUACCUGAGAUUGAUUCUGGUAUAGUAUAUGAACAUCAAAAAGUGGAAGAAACUACUGAAGAGGGUACUUCAUUCAUUGAAAGACAGAGUAAUACUUCCCCUCAAUAUAAUUAUUCAUCUACUUCAGAAAAUAAAUAUAAAAUGUUAUCUAACACGAUGGAAUUAGCUGAUCAACCCGAUGUAUUGGGACUAUUUUCACCUGUAUCACGAACGCUUGAUAAUGCUAUGAGGUUUUUGCGAAAUUUUCUUACUUCUAGUAGUUCUCCGGUUUCGCAAAGACUAGUUCCAAGUAAAGAAUAUGAAGUUGCAAAUUUAUCAACUAGUGUCAAGGAUCCUAUUGAAUAUGGGAGUUCCUCUUUACAAGCGAAUGAUAAUAGUGUUAGUUCUGGUAUUAAUAUACGUUCAAUAUUUUCAGUGUUAGGUUUGUCUAGUGAACCAGAUCGAAGAAAUGGUGGGCAAGGAAGUGAAACAUAUUUAACUAGUUCAGAUGGAAAUGGUUUCCAUAAAAAAGAUGUAAUUCCCUCCAUAAAAGAUAAAAGUGGUAAAACUCAAAUCAUAAGUAAUGAAAAAGGAGGUAUUUUUUCAAAAGGGAUAACAUCAAUGGUAUCGUCUCUACCAGUUGCAUUAGUAACAUUUGUAUUUCUUUUUAUGUUUUUGGCAUUUAAUAAGAUGAAUCCUUUUGGUACAAUACUUGUUCAAGGAAAGAAAAAAAAAAAAGUAAAACAAAUGUUGAAUAAAAGAAGAAAGCCAAAAAGGAGAUCAGCAAAGCGACGUAGAGGUGUUGAUGUUAAUAUGGAGGAUGAAAUAAAUAAAAUAAUUCAUCCAAAAGAAUUUAAUAAUUAUAAAUAUAUUAAUUAUGAAGAUAAAAUAUAUGAAGAUGUCAAAUGUAUUAAAGAACAGGAAAAUGAAAUGUGCUUGAAAGAUGGAAUGGAAGAGUUGCAUAUGGAUGAACCAAGUGGGGAUGUAUAUUUUGAUGAACAAAGUAGGGAUGCAUAUUUUGAUGAACAAAGUAGGGAUGCAUAUUUUGAUGGUCAUUGUAAAGGUGAAUAUUUUGUUGAUCAACAUGAUUAUAUAUUUUUAGAUGAACAAAAUGACGAUGUACGUUUGGAUGAACAAAAUGAGGAUGUACGUUUGAAUGAACACAAUGAGGAUGUAUGUUUGGAUGAACAAAAUGAGGAUGUAUGUUUGGGUGAACAAAAUGAGGAUGUAUUUUUGGAUGAAGCAAAAAAUGAUAUAUUAUCUACGAAAUCAUUUGAUGAUGUACUUAUAAAAGUGGAAGGUACCGAAAUAAAUAGAGAAAUUCCUCUAAAAAAAGAGGAAUGGAUGUGGAAAACCAUAUUAGAGAUAGAAAUGAAAGUAGUAGAAAAAUGUAAGAAAGAAGAAUGGGAAGGAAGCAAAGGUGAUUUUUUAGAAAUAUGUUUAGAUGAGUUUAUAAAAAAAGAAAAUGAGUAUAACAAAUUACAUAAUAAAGUAAUUAUUGAAAAGAGUGUGUUUGAAAAUCAAAAUAUGUUAUGGAAUAAAUGGAUAGAGAGACAUAGAUAUAUGCUUGAAAAGUGGAAAAAAGAAGAAUGGUUUUAUAAUUUAAAAAAUGAAUGGAUAAAUGAAAUAGAAAAUUAUGAAAAGAAAGAAAGUGAUAUAGAAAUAAUAUUACCUAGUGAGAAAAAAGCACGAAAUAUUUCAUUAGAAAAACAAAAAAUUAUAUGGAGAAGAUGGGUUGCAAGAUAUGUACAACAUAUAGAUGAUGAUAUAAUUGAAGAAUGGUUUAAAAAAAUGAUGUCAGAAUAUGAAAAGGAAGAAUAUGAUUUAAAUAAAGAUAUAUAUAAUUUUAUUAAUCAUAUAAAAAAUAGAAAUGAUAAACAUGAUGAAAAUGUUCAAUAUGAUGAUGAAGAGAACUUAGUUUCUUCAUCCACUUGUUUUGAUGUAGAAGAAAAAAGAAAGAAAAAAACGUUGUUGACUAAAAUAUGGAUUCAGAUACAUAUGAUGAUAUUAGAAGAAUAUAAAAAGGAUGAAUGUAUACACAUUAAGAAUUUAUUAUUAGACACUUAUAUAGAUAAUUUAAAAAAAGAAAAUGAACUUGAUGCAAAAAACAAACUUCAAAGGAUAGACAUUUUAACUCAAAUGAAAAAGGAAAAUAAUAUUAUAGACAUAAACGAAAGAAAUAAAUGGGAAGGAGAAAAAUGGUUUGAAGAUUUAAAUAAUGAAUGGAAUGAUUAUGAAAGGACAUAUAUAAAAAAUAAUUUUGUAAUUAAAAAAGAAAAUGACAUGAAUAUUAAAUAUGAAUAUAUUAUAAUAGAUGAGCCUUUAAUGAAAGUAAAAAAAGAUAUACCUCAAAUACAUUGGAACAAUAUUUAUGAGAAAUGGUUACAUGAUGAAUAUAAAUAUGUAUAUAAAUGUGAAGAUAUAAACAAAUCAGUAGAUGAAAGAAGGGAUAAUAAUAGAGAUAUAGGUGAAAGCAUAAAUGUUAAAAAUAAUGAAGUAAUUAAGGAAAAAAAAGUAAAAUGGAAAACUAUCAUCGAGAUAUAUAUGGAGGUAAUGAACGAAUAUAAAAAGGAUGAGUGGGAAGAACAUCGAGGGGAUUUUUUACAAAUCUGUUUAGAGGAAUUUAUUAAGAAAGAUAAUGAUGAGAUUAGAAAUAUAAAUGACCAAUUAUAUAUCGAACAAAGUGAUCAUAUGGAAGAUAUGCUUAUGUUAGAGAGACAAAAAAUUAUAUGGCUUCAAUGGAUUAAUCGAAAUAAAUAUAUGUUAGAAAAGUGGAAUAAGGAAGAAUGGUUUCAUAAAUUAAAAAAUGAUUGGGAAGAUGAAAAGAAUAGAUAUGACCAGAAAUUAUUUCUUUGGAAAAAUAGAGAAAAUGAUACAUAUAUAAAUCCAAUGUUAGAAAGACAAAAAUAUAUAUGGAGAAAAUGGAUUUCAAAACAUUUAUAUCAUAUUGAGGAGUGGGAAAAUGAAGAAUGGUUUAAAUUGUUAAUGAGUACAUAUGAAAAAGAUAGAGAUGAUUUGAAAAGAGAUCCAAAUAACAAAAUGGAUGAUGUGGAAAAGAAAAAGUUGAUAACAAAAUUAUUUAUUGAAAUACAUAUGAUGGUAAUUGAAGAUUUUCAAAAGGAAGAAUGUUAUAUGAAUAAACAAAAUUUUGUUCAAACAUAUAUAGAUGAAUUGAAAAAAGAAGAAUCUUGUGAGAAAAAUAGAGAGAUGUUAAAUAUAUUGAAUGAUAUAAAAAAAGAUAUAAAAUUAGGGUAUGAAAAUACAAAAAUGAAUGAAUGGAAAGACGAAAAAUGGUUUAAAAAUUUAAAAAAAGAAUGGAAAGAAGGGGAAAGAAAAAACUUUCUUGAUAUAGAAAACGAAAAGUUUGAUAAGAUACAAGUUAAUGUAAUUAAUAAUUAUAUGUUAGAAAUUCAAAGAAGUUUAUUAAAAAAAUAUUGGGAAGAUGUAGAAAUAAGUUGGAUAGAUGAUGAUAAUCAAACUGAUUGGUUAAAAAUAGCUAUACAUAUGGAUGAGUAUGAUAAUAAGAAUAAAAAUAAAGUAUAUAAUAGAAGAUAUGAUUAUAUGAGAAAUAAAAAUUUACAUAUUAAAAAAAAAAAAAAGAAUAUCAUGAAUGAGGAACAUCUAAGUGAAGACAAUAAAUAUAUACCUGAAAAUAAUCAUUCCUAUAUUAAAAGGAUUAUAGAAAUAUAUAUGGAAAGGGUAAAUAAAAUUCAAAAAAAAGAAUGGGAACAGAAUAAACGGGACUUUUUAAAAAUUGCUUUAGCAGAAUAUAUAAAAAUGCAAUUCGACAAACAAAAGAAUUUAUGUAUUGAAGAAAUGGCAAUAAAAAAUAAAAAUAUAAAUGAUGAUAAUAAUGGAUAUCUAGAACCAGCCUUUUUGUGGAAUCCAUGGAUAGAAAGGAAAAGAUAUAUAAUGGAAAAAUGGAAAUAUGAAAAAUGGUUUGAAGAACUAAAGAUUGAAUGGAUAAAAGAACAGGGUAUAUGUAUAAACGAGGAGGAAAUAAACGCAUUUAUGAAAUAUGAAAAAAAAGAAAAUAAUAAAAUAAUAAAUAAUAAUAAUGAUAAUUAUGAUAAUAAAAUAAUAAAUAAUAAUAAUAAUGAUAAUUAUGAUAAUAAAAUAAUAAAUAAUAAUAAAAUAAUAAAUAAUAGUAAUGAUAAUUAUGAUAAUAAUUAUAAUGACAUAUUAAUUGAAAGUGAAAAAAUCGUGUGGAGAAGAUGGUUAAAAAAACAAGAACAAAAUAUACAAAUAUAUAAAAACAAAAAGUGGUUCAAAGAUAUUAUUGUUGAAUUUGAAAAAGACGAAGAAGACGAUAUGAUAAGGUAUUCAAAUGUUAAUGAUAUCUCGAAAGUAAAUAAUAAAGAACUCGAUGUAAAGAACAGAGAUAAUUUGAUAAUGAAAAUAUGGAUAUGUAUAUAUAUGAUGAUAUUGGAACAAUGUAAAAAGGAUGAGGGUAGAUAUAAUAAAGAAAUAUUUUUAAAUUCUUUUAUAGAAGAAAUAAAGAAAGAGAAAGAUGAGAAAACUAAAAUGAACAUGUUGGACAUGAUUUUACAAAUGAAGGAAAAAUAUAUAUCAAAGAAUGAAAAAGACUUUUAUAUAUAUGAUUGGAAAAAAGAAAAAUGGUUGGAAGAUUUAAAAAACGAUUGUAAAAAUAAUAAGAAUGAAUAUAUAUAUAUGUUACAAAAUGAUUUAUGUAAAAGAUAUUGGAAAGAUUUAGAUAAGAUGUGGUUAGAAAAUGAAGACAAAAUAAAGAGGAAUAUGUUAACAAAUAUAUAUGAAGAAUAUAAUAAUAUGGACGAUUUAUCAAAAAAAGAAUAUAUUCAUAAAAAUAUUAAUAUAAUAAAUGAAAAUAUGAAAUGUAAUUCUGAGGUUGAAAAAACACAUGGUGAAAAUGCUGUAGAAGGAAUAAAAAAUUAUUAUUUAGAAAAACAAAAAGAAAUAUGGAGACAAUGGAUUGAGAAAAAUGUUAAACAUAUAAAUCAAUCAACUAAAGAACAGGAACAAAUUUUGGUAGAUACAGAAAAUAAUAAAAUUGUAGAUUCAUCAGAUUGUAAAAAGAACGAAUAUAAUAACGAACCAUAUUAUAUGAAAGAAAAAAAUUUGAAAACAGAAAUUUUAACAGAAAUUCAUAUGGAAACAAUGCAUAGAUGUAAGCGGUUAAAUUAUAAAGGAGAAGACAAAAUAGAAACUGAUGAAAAUAUUAAAGAAUUAAAAAUAGAGGAAGGAGAAAAUAGGAAAACUAAUUAUAUACAUAAAACCAUUUUACCAAAAGAUGAAUGCAAAAAAUCAAAAUUGUCAUUAAAUGAAAAGAAUAAAAUGUGUACACAUAAAAAUAUGAAAGAGAAUAUGAUAAAUGAUUUGGAUAAUUCGAUUUAUACGAAUCCUUAUGAUGAUACGAAUAAAAUUUUUUUUUUCAAUGAAAAUUGUGAAGGGGUGAAAAGUAUAUAUCAAGAAAUAGAGGAGAAUGUAGAAAAACGGUAUACUGAUGAUAUAUAUUUAUUAGAGAAUGAAAAACAUCAUAAUGAAUUUAAUACACACACGGGAUAA